CUUCAAGUGGUUAACUGUUCAGAACACUCCCGUGGCAUGUAGAGGUAAACAUUAAGCUGUGGGAAUGCUGACUAAAGUUUUAGCCGUUCUUGUGUGUGCCUCAAUUACCAUGGCGUCAUCAGGCACCAUACGCGCCUGCCAGUACCCCGGAUGUGAAUGUAAAACUCACUCAGACUCAACUUACACACUGACGUGCGAGGAAGGCACAGUCUGGACCUUGAGCGGCUACCCACACGUGGCCAACACCACCACUAGUGUUCGACUGCAGUGUGGCGGAGAGCGCGUUGACAUGGAACUAUUUUUUAAUCAUAAUAUUGACCUGAAGUACGUGCAGGAGAUGAGCAUACAGGAUUGUGUGACGUCCGGGCUGUUCGUGGAGGACAUUGGUCUCUCGCUGCUCACCAAGCUGGACUUAAACAAUGUCACGAUGUUGAACAAUACACUGAGUGACCUCGUGACUUGGUGCCCCCACCUCGACACCCUGCGCGUGACCCACGCAGAUCCCACCAUCUUAUCACAUGAGUGUACAUUACCUUUGGAAGCUCGACUACCUGGUUUAUUGAACGAUAAUAUCAACAAAACCGAUGCCAAUUGCAGUGUAAUUACAACAGCGAUAAAUCAUUUAAAAAUACUCGAUUUAAGACAUAAUGAUUUAACAAAUGUUCCGUUUAUGGUGGGCAUGUCGCCGAAUGUAUCUGUGUUAUUUUUACAGUUCAACAAACUAGCAAGCCUUCCUUCUGACAUAUUUAAUACUACAUCAAACUUGACCAUUCUUGAUCUUUCGAGGAACCAUUUGACGUCACUUCCGGUUCAUGUGUUCUCAGAGCAAGUAAUCAUGAGGCAUUUGAACCUGUCACAUAAUCGUCUAUCCAGCCUCCCUUCUAGAUUGUUGGCGAACACGCGGAGUCUGACAAAUCUGGACCUCUCCUUCAACCGUCUCAAGUACAUCCCUUCCUCCAUGUUCCGCAACCUGCAUCAUCUGACAGUCCUAAACCUAACCGCCAACUCAAUCUCCUUCCUGUUGCGCAGCCACUUCGCCAGUCUCACAAGUCUCGCGCAGCUGUAUCUAGGUAACAACAACUUAAGGAGGAUUCCUUACAUCACUUCCUGUCACGAACUGGUGGUGGUAGACUUCCGGUAUAACCAGAUAAUCAGCACCUAUAGCACCUCCUUUAAGGGACUGAGUAAGCUAGAAGGCAUCGGUAUGAAACAUAACAAUCUCAAAUCACUGAUAUUCCGUCAUUUGUGUGUCUCUCCAAGACUCUCUAUCCUCGACUUUUCCUUCAAUAGCAUCACCAGUCUGAACGUCAACCCAGCCCUCGAUUCCAAAGAGCGGAAUGAGAGUUCGUUCUCGAUGCUUAGCAAGGUUGCAUUUCUCCGCCUUGAUCAUAAUAAAUUGUCACACAUCCAUGGACUAGGGUCGGUGUUCACAGGCCUUAAAUUUCUCUUUGUCGACAACAAUAUGAUCAUCAGCCUCCGCUUGUCACAGAAGGAUCUUCCAGCAUCUAUUGAAUGGUUCAGCGCCAGUUUCAAUAAGAUUGAAUUGAUAGAACACACUCUGUUCAUGUCUUUACCUAACCUCAAAGCCAUCAGCUUACAAUCUAACUACCCUCAUCUCACCUCUCUCCCUCUCCGUCUAGUACAAGUCGUGCCCAACAGCAGCCCCAAAUUGUACCUAUCGGGCAAUCUUUUCAUGUGUGACUGUAACAUGGCCUAUCUGAAAACGUACUAUGAGGGCAGAAACAGACUUGCCUUUACGAAGAAUUAUCCAGUAUUUGCGGAUCUUGAAGACGUGAAAUGUAUCACCGAGAAGAACCUGACUGUAAGGAAUCUUAUUGACAUCCCAGAGGACGAGUUUAUGUGUUGGAGUAGAGGUAUUGUUUGUGAGAGGUACUGCACGUGCUGCUUAGGAGAAGAAAGCAAGAGUUGCCCGUGUCUUCACGUGUGUCCCAGCGGCUGCCAGUGCUAUGAGGGCGGGUCCCCCUGGGGCUGGUAUGAAUACAAAGUCUUCUGUGACAACGCCUCGAUCACCAUUGCCCCACACAACAUACCUCCAGUGACCACGUAUCUGCAUCUUGAAAACAACAAUAUCAUUGUGCUGGAGAAAAAAGACUUUUUCUAUCUAAUGCAACUGAAGAAACUAUAUUUGAACAACAACAGCAUUGCGACUCUUAGGCCGGGUUGUUUCCGCGGUCUUGGUGACCUUAAGUAUUUACACUUGCAGUUCAACCAGCUUCGGAGUCUGUCGGCCGAGAUGCUGACGGGGCUAGGGAACCUCACCCAUCUUUACCUUCGGAAUAACCUCCUUCACACCUUAAGGUUGCACGUGUUCAGUAACCUCACGCACCUGGAGUACAUUGACCUCCGUAACAAUUUCCUCACUCGUCUGAGUACUGACUACUUUCCGACACAAACAACCCUGACCGCAAUUAAAAUUAACCACAAUCCUCUCUCGUGUACCUGUUCUGAUAUAGAACAAACUCUCUCCUUUCUGGCGCUGUAUGGCUACUGUGCAUCAACAAUGGACGAUCUGUGGUGUUUCCAUGAGAACAGAUCAGAUCACAGUGUCUUGGUCAAUUCUGAUUCAACAUUAACGUUGAAUUAUUCUCAUGACAAUUCCAUGGUGUUGAUAAAGGACUUUGACAUUGAUAAGUGUUAUGAGAUUGUGACUCAUUUUAACGAAACACGGUACGACAAACAGCGAAUUGAAGAGGACGGCCGAUAUAUUAUCACCUUAAUAAUUCUAUGUGUACUACUGAUGAUAGUUGUAGCGGUUGCUUGCGUGACUUACUGGAAACGUCAGGAGUUGCAGGCGUUGCUUUACGUCAAGUUCGGUGUUCGCUUUCGGUCAAAGAACGCCGACCUUGAUGAAACGGGACGCACGUACGACGCCUUCGUGUCUUACAGCAGCCAUGACGAGCGUUUGGUAGUCAAGGAGUUGGCUCCAAUGUUGGAGGAAGGGAAGGGAGAAGAACGAGGACGACUUUACAGACUGUGUCUUCAUUACCGGGACUUUCCAGUCGGAGAUUGUAUUGCAGACACUAUCAUAGAAAGCAUUGAGGCCAGUAAACGCACUAUCAUGCUGCUCUCAGACAACUUCUUGGCAAGUGAGUGGUGCCGCUAUGAGUUUCAGACCGCACACCACCAUGUGCUUAAGGAACGCUCUCAUCGGCUCAUCAUCGUGUUGUUGCAUGACAUUGACGACCGUAAGUUAGAUCCAGACUUACGCGUGCAUUUGAAGGCUGGCAACUUUUUGCGUUUCAAUGACCCCUGGUUUUGGGAAAAGCUGUAUUUCGCUCUGCCGGAUGUACCGGUGGAAAAAGGCAACAAAGGGAGACAAUUUAAGGAAGUUGAUGCACCCGAAGAUGGUGACGUAAAUCUAAACUUUCAGUUUCCCGAUGGUACUGUUUUAUACGAGGCUGGGUCAAAGAGGUCAGAUGCCGUCCUCGCUCGUGGAGCAGUUGGUGACGUCACAAUAGAGGGAGGAAUGCUGACCCAAUGUUUGGCCGUUCUUGUGUGUGCCUCAAUUACCAUGGCGUCAUCAGACACCAUACGCGCCUGCCAGUACCCCGGAUGUGAAUGUAAAACUCGCUCAGACUCAACUUACACACUGACGUGCGAGGAAGGCACAGUCUGGACCUUGAGCGGCUACCCACACGUGGCUAACACCACCACUAGUGUUCGACUGCAGUGUGGCGGAGAGCGCGUUGACAUGGAACUAUUUUUUAAUCAUAAUAUUGACCUGAAGUACGUGCAGGAGAUGAGCAUACAGGAUUGUGUGACGUCCGGGCCGUUCGUGGAGGACAUUGGUCUCUCGCUGCUCACCAAGCUGGACUUAAACAAUGUCACGAUGUUGAACAAUACACUGAGUGACCUCGUGACUUGGUGCCCCCACCUCGACACCCUGCGCGUGACCCACGCAGAUCCCACCAUCUUAUCACAUGAGUGUACAUUACCUUUGGAAGCUCGACUACCUGGUUUAUUGAACGAUAAUAUCAACAAAACUGACGCCAAUUGCAGUGUAAUUACAACAGCGAUAAAUCAUUUAAAAAUACUCGAUUUAAGACAUAAUGAUUUAACAAAUGUUCCGUUUAUGGUGGGCAUGUCGCCGAAUGUAUCUGUGUUAUUUUUACAGUUCAACAAACUAGCAAGCCUUCCUUCUGACAUAUUUAAUACUACAUCAAACUUGACCAUUCUUGAUCUUUCGAGGAACCAUUUGACGUCACUUCCGGUUCAUGUGUUCUCAGAGCAAGUAAUCAUGAGGCAUUUGAACCUGUCACAUAAUCGUCUAUCCAGCCUCCCUUCUAGAUUGUUGGCGAACACGCGGAGUCUGACAAAUCUGGACCUCUCCUUCAACCGUCUCAAGUACAUCCCUUCCUCCAUGUUCCGCAACCUGCAUCAUCUGACUGUCCUAAACCUAACCGCCAACUCAAUCUCCUUCCUGUUGCGCAGCCACUUCGCCAGUCUCACAAGUCUCGCGCAGCUGUAUCUAGGUAACAACAACCUAAGGAGGAUUCCUGACAUCACUUCCUGUCACGAACUGCUAGUGGUAGACUUCCGGUAUAACCAGAUAAUUAGCACCUAUAGCACCUCCUUUAAGGGACUGAGUAAGCUAGAAGGCAUCGGUAUGAAACAUAACAGUCUCAAAUCACUGAUAUUCCGUCAUUUGUGUGUCUCUCCAGGACUCUCUAUCCUCGACUUUUCCUUCAAUAACAUCACCAGUCUGAACGACAACCCAGCCCUCGAUUCCAAAGAACGGAAUGAGAGUUCGUUCUCGAUGCUUAACAAGGUUGCAUUUCUCCGCCUUGAUCAUAAUAAAUUGUCACAAAUCCAUGGACUAGGGUCGGUGUUCACAGGCCUUAAAUCUCUCUUUGUCGACAACAAUAUGAUCAUCAGCCUCCGCUUGUCACAGAAGGAUCUUCCAGCAUCUAUUGAAUGGUUCAGCGCCAGUUUCAAUAAGAUUGAAUUGAUAGAACACACCCUGUUCAUGUCUUUACCUAACCUCAAAGCCAUCAGCUUACAAUCUAACUACCCUCAUCUCACCUCUCUCCCUCUCCGUCUAGUACAAGUCGUGCCCAACAGCAGCCCCAAAUUGUACCUAUCGGGCAAUCUGUUCAUGUGUGACUGUAACCUGGCCUAUCUGAAAACGUACUAUCAGGGCAGAAACAGACUUGCCUUUACGAAGAAUUAUCCAGUAUUUGCGGAUCUUGAAGACGUGAAAUGUAUCACCGAGAAGAACUUGACUGUAAGGAAUCUUAUUGACAUCCCAGAGGACGAGUUUAUGUGUUGGAGUAGAGGUAUUGUUUGUGAGAGGUACUGCACGUGCUGCUUAGGAGAAGAAAGCAAGAGUUGCCCGUGUCUUCACGUGUGUCCCAGCGGCUGCCAGUGCUAUGAGGGAGGGUCCCCCUGGGGCUGGUAUGAAUACAAAGUCUUCUGUGACAACACCUCGAUCACCAUUGCCCCACACAACAUACCUCCAGUGACCACGUAUCUGCAUCUUGAAAACAACAAUAUCAUUGUGCUGGAGAAAAAAGACUUUUUCUAUCUAAUGCAACUGAAGAAACUAUAUUUGAACAACAACAGCAUUGCGACUCUCAAGCCGGGUUGUUUCCUAGGUCUUGGUGACCUUACGUAUUUACACUUGCAGUUCAACCAGCUCCGGAGUCUGUCGGCUGAGAUGCUGACGGGGCUAGGGAACCUCACCCAUCUAUACCUUCGGAAUAACCUCCUUCACACCUUAAGGUUGCACGUGUUCAGUAACCUCACGCACCUGGAGUACAUUGACCUCCGUAACAAUUUCCUCACUCGUCUGAGUACUGACUACUUUCCGACACACACAACCCUGACCGCCAUUAAAAUUACCCACAAUCCUCUCUCGUGUACCUGUUCUGAUAUAGAACAAACUCUCUCCUUUCUGGCGCUGUAUGGCUACUGUGCAUCAACAAUGGACGAUCUGUGGUGUUUCCAUGAGAACAGAUCAGAUCACAGUGUCUUGGUCAAUUCUGAUUCAACAUUAACGCUGAAUUAUUCUCAUGACAAUUCCAUGGUGUUGAUAAAGGACUUUGACAUUGAUAAGUGUUAUGAGAUUGUGACUCAUUUUAACGAAACACGGUACGACAAACAGCGAAUUGAAGAGGACGGCCGAUAUAUUAUCACCUUAAUAAUUCUAUUUGUACUACUGAUGAUAGUUGUAGCGGUUGCUUGCGUGACUUACUGGAAACGUCAGGAGUUGCAGGCGUUGCUUUACGUCAAGUUCGGUGUUCGCUUUCGGUCAAAGAACGCCGACCUUGAUGAAACGGGACGCACGUACGACGCCUUCGUGUCUUACAGCAGCCAUGACGAGCGUUUGGUAGUCAAGGAGUUGGCUCCAAUGUUGGAGGAAGGGAAGGGAGAAGAACGAGGACGGCUUUAUAGACUGUGUCUUCAUUACCGGGACUUUCCAGUCGGAGAUUGUAUUGCAGACACUAUCAUAGAAAGCAUUGAGGCCAGUAAACGCACUAUCAUGCUGCUCUCAGACAACUUCUUGGCAAGUGAGUGGUGCCGCUAUGAGUUUCAGACCGCACACCACCAUGUGCUUAAGGAACGCUCUCAUCGGCUCAUCAUCGUGUUGUUGCAUGACAUUGACGACCGUAAGUUAGAUCCAGACUUACGCGUGCAUUUAAAGGCUGGCAACUUUUUGCGUUUCAAUGACCCCUGGUUUUGGGAAAAGCUGUAUUUCGCUCUGCCGGAUGUACCGGUGGAAAAAGGCAACAAGGGGAGACAAUUCAAGGAAGCUGAUGCACCCGAAGAUGGUGACGUAAAUCUAAACUUUCAUUUUCCCGAUGGUACUGUUUUAUAGCAAUACACAAAAGAAUGACAAGAUUGGAUAUUGAUGCUCAGCACAAUUUUUUUAAAUGCUUUUUUUCAUUGUUUUAUGUUAUAUAUAUAAUAAAUAUUUGAUUAAAUUUUGUACAUUUGAAU